UCAUACCCUCAGCUUGAUUUGAUUAUCGACUGUUUGUCUAAUCGAUCGAAUCGAACAAAACCCACCUCCCCUUUUGCCAGUAUCUUCAUCUCUACCAGUCUUUUGUUUAUAAAGUAUAGUUUUAGGGUUUUGAAUUCUGGAAAUGUGAAGAGGGUAUACUGUGAACACCAAGAUAACAGAGUUAAAAUAUGAAAUCUGAGGAAGAUUGAUCUUGGGUCGAGGGAAUUUCAUUCAGUUGCAGUGAUGAUUCCAGAGACGAUCAGCACUAUCAGAUACCCAGAGAUUGAAAUGGAGAUUGAGAUGGAAGAGAAGUUGUAUGUUGCCUUAGGGAAGGAACUAAACGAUGGAAAAUCAACUCUUUCAUGGGCAUUACACCAUUCUGGAGGCAGGAAGAUAUGCAUAAUUCAUAUUUACCAACCUGCCCAGCGGAUUCCCUUGAUGGGUACAAAAUUCUCGGUAAGCCAGAUGGAUAUUCAUCAAGUGGAAGCUUAUAGGACCGUCGAGAAGCAAGAAACGGAUAAGCUUCUAGAUGAAUACAAAAGAUUAUGCGACAGAUCAGGGGUGCUUGUGGAGGUGCUUCUCAUUGAAAAGGAUUGUAUUGAGAAGGGUAUUGUAGAACUUUUAUCUCACCAUCUUGUCACAAAGCUUGUUAUGGGUGCUGCAGCUGACAGUAGAUAUUCAAGGAGAAUGACCGAACCCAAAUCUAAAAAGGCAAGUUAUGUCCGCUUACAAGCACCUGGCUCAUGUAAGAUUUGGUUUACCUGCAAGGGCCACCUCAUCUAUACCAGGGAAGGGAGCUUAGGAGAAAUUGAUUGUGGACUUACUCCUUUGAUAUUGCAACCAAGUCCAACUGUUGGAUCUGCAAAUUCUUCUCCUAGAACAUUAUCAGUGACAGAUGGACAGAAUGGUUGGAGUGCCACUAGAUAUUUUCGCAGAGUACCUUCUGACAAUCAUGAGAUUCAGGCACCAUCACUCUCUUCCUCAGGUAGACCUGGAGGUGGAAUUCCCAAUAGAAGGAGUCCAUCAGAUCGGUCAUCAACUUCUUCCUGUGAAGCAGUUGAUUACCCAAUCUUGCCUUCGCCCGGGAGAAUUAGUGGUCAAUUAGAGUCACCCAUACUGCAUCGACCCAGCAGGGAUCAUCUGGAUUCAUCACCUCCUAGUGUUCUGGAAGGACGCCUCAAUGAUGAUAUUUACGACCAACUUGAACAAGCCAUGACAGAGGCAGAAAAUGCCAGGCGAGAAGCAUUUGAGGAGUCAAUUAGGCGCAGAAAAGCUGAGAGAGACUCCAUUGAGGCUAAUCGCAGGGCUAGAGCAUCAGAAAGCUUGCUUGCGGAGCAAUCUAGACUGAGGAAAGAAAUUGAGGAAGAACUUGCAAAAGGAAGAGAAGAACUGGAGAAGAUGAGUCUGCAACUAAAUAAAACAGUAGAAGAACACAGAAUUGCCAAUGAACAGAAAUCAGCUCUGGAGAGUGAAAUAGCAAAAUCUGAGAAGACAGUACAGGAGUUGGAACAGAAAAUCUUCUCUGCUGUGGAAUUGCUGCAAAAAUACAAAAAGGAACAAGAUGAGUUGCAACUUGAACGUGAUGAUGCAAUCAGACUAACCGAGGAACUAAGGAGAAAACAAUCAGAAGAAACAUCAAAUGCCAAUACAAGCCAGUUCUUUUCUGAGUUCUUUCUCUCUGAGAUUGAAGAAGCAACUCAGAAUUUUGAUCCAUCCUUAAAGAUCGGGGAAGGGGGAUAUGGAAGUAUUUAUAAAGGUCUUCUUCGUCAUACCCAAGUGGCUAUAAAAAUGCUCCAUUCUCACAGCUUACAAGGGCCUGGAGAAUUUCAACAAGAGGUGGAAGUUUUGAGUAAGUUGAGGCAUCCAAACCUUGUAACCCUCAUUGGAGCCUGCCCUGAUGAUUUGACUCUUGUGUAUGAGUAUCUUCCUAAUGGAAGCCUAGAAGAUAGGCUCAGCUGUAGGGAAAAUACUCCCCCUUUAUCUUGGCAAACACGUAUCCGUAUUGCAUCUGAGUUGUGUUCAGUUCUUAUCUUUCUUCAUUCUUGCAAUCCCCGCGGAGUAAUUCAUGGUGAUCUAAAACCGUCGAAUAUUCUCCUGGAUAUUAACUACGUGAGCAAACUCAGUGACUUUGGAAUUUGUCGUAUAAUCUCUCAAGGCGAACAUUCAGAAAACCAAACAUGGUGCUGCAGGACUGACCCGAAAGGAACUUUUGCAUACAUGGAUCCUGAAUUUAUCUCAACAGGAGAACUGACUGCGAAAUCCGAUGUCUACUCUUUUGGGAUAAUAUUGCUAAGGUUACUGACUGGAAGACCUGCACUUGGGAUAAAAAAGGAGAUAGAACAUGCACUUGAUAAGGGUACUUUAAGGGACAUAUUGGAUCCUACGGCUGGCGAUUGGCCAUUUGUGCAGGCAAAACAAUUGGCACACUUAGCAAUGAGGUGCUGUGAGAUGAACCGCAGGAAUAGGCCAGAUCUUGCCAUGGAUGUGUGGAAAGUUCUUGACCCCAUGAGAGUCUCGUGUGGAGCAUCGUCGUUCAGGAUGUCUGAAGAUCGGUGUCAAAUUCCACAUUAUUUCAUCUGCCCCAUUUUCCAGGAAAUCAUGCAAGAUCCUCAUGUUGCAGCUGAUGGCUAUACAUAUGAAUUGGAAGCAUUGCGAGGAUGGCUAGACAGUGGGCAUGAUACAUCACCCAUGACGAACCUCAAACUGCCUCAAACCAACCUUGUGCCUAACCAUGCUCUUCGUUCUGCAAUUCAAGAAUGGCUGCAUCUUUCUUGAAGAAAAAGGUGCACACUUGAUUUUCAUGUGCUCAAAUUUAAGUGAGAUGUCUAUAAGUUUCUUUCUUUAGAGCAUUUUGUGUUGUAGAUAACAUAUAUAUAUACAUAUUAUUUCUCCUGUGAAAUGACACAUACAAUACAUUUGUUGUUGGCCUUAGGAUGGCAAUAUAUGAUGGUGUUGUAUAAUC